AUGGCUUAUCACUAUUUUGGUGAUGUUGUUACAUUUGAUACAACCUACAUGACAAACAAGUAUGAUAUGCCUUUCACACCAUUCACUGGAGUAAACCACCACUGGCAGUCAAUACAAUUUGGAUGUGCACUUUUACAAGAUGAGACAGAAGUUACCUUUUUUAUGGUUGUUUAUGAUAUGCCUUUCGCACCAUUCACUGGAGUAAACCACCACUGGCAGUCAAAACAGUUUGCACUUUUACAAGAUGAGACAGAAGUUACCUUUUUAUGGUUGUUUGAGACAUGGCUUGAAGCAAUGGGAGAACGUCAUCCGAUUACAAUUAUUACUGACCAAGACUUGGCAAUGAAAGGAGCAAUUGCCAAGGUUUUUCCAAACACUCAUCAUCAAUUAUGCCUAUGGCAUAUCAAGAAGAAGUUUGUUGAAAAACUAUCACAUGUGUACUUCAAGAAGUCCAAGUUCAAGAUUGAGAUGAAAAAAUGUACUCGAAAGACAUAUAAGAUUGAUGAUUUUGAAGUAAAGUGGAAGGCCUUGAUGAAAGAAUAUGGGUUGGAGAAUGAUGAGUGGCUAAAAAGAAAGAAUACUACUGGACGUAGUGAGGGUAUUAAUUCCUUUUUUGAUGGAUUUGUCACACCAACAACAAAUCUUAGAGAGUUUGUCGUCAAAUAUGAACAAGCACUGAAGAAGAUUAUGGAAAGAGAAGGUGAUGAAGAUUUUGAAUCAAAACACAAGUAUCGCAUUGUCAAUGAAGGAGAAUUUCUUUUGCAGCAUGCAGCAAGUUUGUAUACUAGAAAUGUAUUCAAUAAAUUCAAGGAUGAAUGGAGUAAAGUCAAUCGGUACAAAGUUGAAGAAAUGCCACGUGACAACGAAUAUCACACAUACGUAGUGAAAUCAAAACUCGGAGAGCAAGAAGAGUUUGUGGUGAAGCUAAAUGUGCAAACACACGAAGAUACAAUACCUAAACAUUUUGAUUUUGCCAAGGUGGAAGCAAGAAGCAAACAAAUUUAG